UUGAAUGUGGAGAGAGGCAGGCAGGUUAUACGGCUGGCUCUGUUCAAAGGGAUACAGGUUUUUCUCCGCCAGGACAAUAUUUUAAAGCAAACGGACCCUGGCAAACGUACACGAAUAAGACACAGAGACAAAAAAGUGCAUCUGCAUCAAUAUGGAACAUCCGGCCUGGGCAUAUCUCUUGCAUGAUUGACGAGUAAGAGGCAUGGGCCAUAUACGAGAUCAUCUUUGAUAAGUGAACAACCUCCCAAACUAACAUGGACCACAGCCAGGCUCGGCCAUGAGACUAGACACCUCCUGAACUUCCUCCACACACCUGCGUGCACACACACACACACACACACACACACACACACACACACACACACACACACACUCACGCCAACCAUGGCUUCCGUAUACUUAUGGAAGCUAUCAUCACAGAAGCUGGGCUUCUUCCUGGUGAGUUUCGGCUUCAUAUGGGGCAUGAUGCUGUUGCACUUUACCAUCCAGCAAAGGACGAGGCACGAGAGCAGUGCACAGCUACGCAUGCAGAUCCUGGACCUUAGCAAACGCUACAUCAAAGCACUGGCUGAGGAGAAUCAGGGCGUGAUGGAUGGACCUUACGUGGGCACCAUGACUGCGUAUGACCUGAAGAAGACUCUGGCUGUACUGCUGGACAACAUCAUGCUGAGGCUGUCCAAGCUGGAGUCGAAAGUGGACAUCAUUAUCUACAAUGGCUCGGCCACCAACCUGACUAAUGGUACAGCGACGCCUGCCCCCAGUACUAUCAACGCCGAGAAGGUCAACGUGGCAGAUCUGCUAAACGGAGCACAGGAGAAGUGUGAGCUGCCUUCACUCGAUGGCUUCCCGCACUGUGAGGGCAAGAUGAAGUGGAUGAAGGACAUGUGGCGCUCGGAUGCCUGUUAUGGAAACUAUGGAGUGGACGGAUCCAUUUGCUCCUUCUUCAUCUAUCUGAGUGAGGUGGAGAACUGGUGCCCUCGACUACCCUGGAGGACCACGAACAUUAAUGAUGACUCAGAAAAAAAGGGACAGUCUGAUAUCCGUACCAGCUUGGAUGAGCUGUAUCGAGUGAUGUCUCGGCGGGAGGAGUUCCGCUGGAUGAUGUUAAGGAUAAAGCGGAUGGAGGAGCCGUGGGUCAGCGCCAUUCGCUCGCUCUCCACCAAGCAGGACCUGCAGAACCGCAAGCGGAAAAAGAUCCUGGUGCAUCUGGGGCUGCUAACGAAAGAGUCUGGCUUUAAGAUAGCAGAGAAUGCAUUCAGUGGGGGCCCACUUGGGGAACUGGUGCAGUGGAGUGACCUCAUCACCACCCUGUACCUGCUGGGCCACGAUAUCCGCAUCUCAGCCUCCAUCGCUGAGCUCAAAGAAAUCAUGCGGAAAGUGAUGGGUAAUAAGUCCAGCUGUCCCACACAGGGUGAUAAAGUGGUGGAGCUCAUCUACAUAGACAUUGUCGGCCUGUCUCAGUUUAAGAAGACUCUCGGGCCCUCCUGGGUGCAUUACCAGUGUAUGCUCCGAGUACUAGACUCAUUUGGGACAGAGCCAGAGUUUAACCACGCCCAGUACGCCCAGUCUAAAGGCCACAAGACUCCGUGGGGCAAAUGGAACCUGAACCCCCAGCAGUUCAACACCAUGUUCCCUCACACCCCUGAUAACAGUUUCCUGGGCUUUGUGGUGGAGCAGCACCUGAACGCCAGCGACAUCCGGCACAUUGAUGACAUCAAGCGACAGAACCAGUCGCUCGUCUAUGGGAAAGUUGAUAACUUCUGGAAGGAUAAGAAGAAGUAUCUGGACAUCAUCCACUCAUACAUGGAGGUGCAUGGCACAGUCCAUGGCACCAGCACCGUCCACCUGCCCACAUACGUCAAAAACCAUGGCAUCCUCAGUGGCCGAGACCUGCAAUUUCUUCUGAGAGAGACUAAACUGUUUGUGGGACUGUCCUUCCCCUAUGAAGGCCCUGCCCCUCUGGAGGCUAUAGCCAACGGCUGUGCUUUCUUGAACCCAAAGUUCAACCCACCUAAAAGCAGCAAGAACACAGAUUUCUUCAAGGGCAAGCCCACUCUAAGAGAGUUGACUUCCCAGCACCCAUAUGCUGAAGUAUAUAUUGGACAGCCCCACGUCUGGACUGUGGAUAUAGAGAACCCUGCAGAAGUGGAGAGAGCUAUUAGAGGCAUCCUCAGCCAGAAGAUUGAGCCAUAUCUACCAUAUGAGUUCACCUGUGAGGGGAUGCUGCAGAGACUCAACGCCUUCAUAGAGAACCAGGAUUUCUGUCAUGGUCAGGUGAUGUGGCCACCGCUCAGUGCUCUGCAGGUUAAACUGGCUCCAGUGGGGAAAUCCUGUAAGCAGGUGUGUCAGGAGGAGCAGCUCAUUUGUGAGCCAUCCUUCUUCCAGCACCUCAACAAGGACAAGGACCUGGCCAGGUUCGGGGUGGAAUGUAAAACAGUGGAGAGUGUGGGUGACAUUGUAGUUCCAGCCUUCAGUGCUUCAGCACGUCACUGCGUACUGCAGUCUGACCUGUUGCUCUUCAGCUGCGCGGGAGCGCAUCACUCUCUACAGCGCGUCUGCCCCUGCAGGGACUACAUGAAGGGCCAGGUCGCGCUCUGCAAAGGCUGCUUAUAACACACACACACACACACACUCACGCACUCCAGUGUUUCCCCCUGAACUGAGGAUCACAGCUGUGGUGCAGCUCCUGUCUGUUUGUGUACAGCUUCUGGUGGUGGGCUGUGUAUAGCAUUUCCUGUUUGACUUCCCCUUCUUCUCGCCAAUCUUCAGUCUCUGCCACAUCAGUGUGAUGCUGCCUAUGCCAAAGGGACAGCCGGAGGCACACUGCCUGCUGAUGGCCAAAGAACACUCCAGUAGUUCUUCACCGUGUGACAUACAUAUGGGUAUUUAUGCUGCCUGUAUACUAUAGCCAGUCGACUUAAAAGGCCAUUUAUGACAAGCAAGCAAACUCAUGGGGCUGAAUGCAGUUCAGACUUCUCUGCAGGGGGAAGGUGCAUUUGAUCUCACAGUUGAGUUAUUUAAAGACAAGAAAUUCAAAGAAAUCGAAUGAAGAAAAAGAAAUUGAAAAAUCUGAGUUAUAUGUUUUGUAGGAGACGUUACAGAGACAUUAAUGGGACAUUAUGGGGACGUUUGAAACUCUUCCCUGAGGAUAAUACACAAAUGACGAUGGCAGACAGUAGCCGAUUAAGCUAUUGCAUUUGUAUCACUUAUACAACAAUGGAAGGGGGGGUGGAAGUAUUGUAGAAAUUGAGACUGACAGUCACAUGCACAACCACACAUUCUGGGACCUGGCAUGACGGGCCUGAGGACGAUUGUUUCCACCUCAACCUCGCCUUGAACAGAAAAAAACUCGCUCUGAAAAUAAAAAGAAAAGACAGAAGAGACAAAACAGGGAGAGAGAAGAAAGAGAGGAGAGACUGAGUGCUGGACUGAACUUUUUAUUUGUGUUCAUUUUCAAAUCUUUCUGUGACUCGGAGAACCCAUUAUGGCCUGAAAUACUUGAAGAGGAGUGGCAGGGAAUUGGAACUCUUCACUGCCCCCUGCCUGUGUGGAGAUACUACUGCAGUGCUGCAUUAUUUUCUUUCUCCCUCUCUCCCAGGUCUCCUCUCUUCCUUUCUCUCCCGUUCUCCGUGCUCACCGACAUCACGGGACCAACCUCACGAGACAGGAAUAUUUUGGCAGUUUUGGCAGUUCUGGGAACCCCCUACCCCCAGAAAGUGCAGCACGCAGUGUGUGUGUGUGUUUGUGGAAAAAGAAGCUUCUAGACUUUUUCACUGUAGCUCUUGUGUUCAGGCUGCCUGGAGAGAGGGGCAUCCAAAUGUAGAUACUAGUUUUGAAUAUGUAUAGAGGUGUUACAGCGCUUAGUGCUCAAACACAUACAAGCACACAUGCAUAUAGUUUAAAGGAAUACUUUAUAAUAAUAUCCUCAUCUUUAUCUACUGCCUUUGCAGCUUGUGCAUUAACACUGACCGUGCUGUUUUUCUCAGAACAGAAAACUCAUUUGACACAAAACUCACUCAUAGGUAAAGCCAGCAGGCAUGUUGUAGAAAAACACCAACAUUAGAAUAAAUAAUAAAUAUACAUAAACACAUAAACAGGCCAUUAUGAUUUGAGCUGGACGUAUUAGCUUAGUUAUCGUCCAAUAUCUAGUUCAUGUAAUCAGUCCUCCAUCAAAUAAAGCCAGCUGUGCUUUUGAUGGAUGUCACAAAUUCAGACAACAGCUAAGAAGUCAGGAAUCAAACCUGCGUUCUUCCUGAUCCCUCAUUGAUGUGGACUGGGUAAGGUCAUGAAGGAUCACUGUACUGCCCUCAUAAUUUACCUCAUUUAGCAAUUGAUGUUUGGCUGAUGCUCACACGGUUCUUGCAGCACGUGCCUCUGCUAAUGGCAGACAAGCAAUAAAAUCAUAGCAGAGGUAUUGCAUUUAAAUUUGGCACAUGGGUCACGGCACAUUUUUUUGGCCAAGCAUCAGAGACCUGAUUGGUUAAAUUUGACCUGACAAAGCAUUCAGUCAUGAAUAAGCAGAUGUCCGGCUUUUUAAGCCUCUCUGUUUUAAUAGAAGGGGCAGGAUAAUAAUACAUUUUACAGUACUGUGCAAAACUCUUACACACCUGAGAAAAUUACAUUUUAGAAAGUUGUUUAUCUGAGCAGUAAAAUAAAAAAGAAAACUUGAAUAUUACAGUAAAUACAGAAAAUAUGAGUGUGAUGAGGAGUAAUUUUAUGUAUGUGAGUUUGUUCAACUGUUACCAAACCGAUAUAUGAUGUGGAAAAUCAACCGUUUGUUAAAUCAGUUGUGGUUAAGCAAACUUUGUUCUUUAGGCUUGAUAAAUAGAUACUGUUUUUUAUCAGCUAAGAAAAUACAAACUCAUAGGCAAGAUAAAUAGUUUUAAAUAAUGUGCUUUUAUGCCGAAGAUGUUUGCACAGAUCUGUACUAUAGUACUGUACUGAGAAAACAUGUGAUCGGUCGGGUUUACUACUGUGAUAGGCUAAUGAAAGAUUAAAAUGGUCAUUCAGGCUUUGUGAAAGUAAUAGUGUCUAUAUCCCAGACAAAUGUCAGGCCGAUCAGCCACAUUUUUAGUUUGGUGCACUUUGCCCAUUGCAUUGUAAAAACCAACCAAUUCAAAGAAAAGGAUACAGCGUCACAGAAGCCCCAACUGUAGCUGACAAACUGUGUGUCAAACCCCUUUAAUCUGUGUCAGUCUAACACCUGAACUGUUGAAGUUUAAUGAUUGUGGCUUCACGUUUGGACUUCAGCAGCUGCCUAUUGGCUUCCACUGUAAGUGAGUUUAAAGUCAGCAGAAACACUGUCAGUGGUAAUCAGCUGUGUGCUGUAGAUAAAUAUUAGCUGGAGUACUGGAGUAUUCCUUUACAUUUCCUGACCUUCGAUCUGCCAUGAUGUGCAUGGUGGAUUGUUUUUAUUUACUGACCCGUGAAUACACUCUCCUGCCUUCUGCUAGUGAGAACUUUUGCAAGAAAAGUGGUGUUGCCAUUAGAAGUAUACAGAUCUGCCCCCCCCACAUACGUUACAGCACACCUUAGAGGUCGUCGGUGAUGGGACGUUGCUACACACUCAUCACUGCAGCACCGAAAAACACAACUGCCAGUAAAUAAUGUUAAUAAUUCUUUCUCACACACACACACACACACACACACACACACACACACACACACACACACACACACACACAGCUGGCUGGCAGCGACACAAGUAUUUCACAUCACUGACUUUAAAGGAAGCUACCGUAAUUUGAACAUACAUUUCCAUCACAGAUUGGUCUCUAACACAAAUACUGAUGUUUUAUUUCUGUAAAGCAUUUAAAAAACCCACACGUGUAGAUAUUACGCAACAGAUUGCCACUUUUAAAUUCUUAUAAAAUGAUUACUCUUCUGUUGCUUUUUUAACAUUGUUUCAGGUCAGAAUUCUUGAAUUCUUCAUUUGCCUGCAGAAAUUUCGAAAUCACCCUAAUUUUUUUUUCUUUCUGGAAUGAAAAUGCACUAUCCUAACAUAUUUACUGAUUAUGUAACACCAGAUGUAACACUGUAAAAUUGUUCAUAAGGGUUUUCAAAUGGUAGUUGGGUAAUGCUAGUGUUUUUUUUUGUUUGUUUAAUUUAUUUUAUAUACAGAUCUUUUAUCUCUGGUGAUUUUUAUUUUUUAUUUAUAGAGAAUUGAUUUUUUUCUUGACAGAGGGAAAUAUUAUUUAUCAGAGUAAUUUAAAGUGUGUUUAAGCGCCGGUGGUUGUCCAGGACCUCAUAUAUAUAUAUAUAUAUAUAUAUAUAUAUAUAUAUAUAUAUAUACACACACACACUGUGCAAAAGUGAGAGGCCACCGUUCAUUUAUUUAAUUUUAAUGUUAUGAAAUGCAUGUUUGUUGUGUGUUCACUCUGCCUUUAUAACAGCUUCCAGUCAUUUUUAGCUGACCUGCUUUCAGUUGUUCAAGGAAAUAUGCAGUGAAGUUUUUCCACAACCCCAAAGUCCAGUCUUAGAAGUUGGUUGCAUUUUCUGUUUCUCGUGUUCCAUGUUUUCCCAAAAAUUAUGCUGGACACGGGGGUGGUCAGUCUGUUGUUCUAAGAAUAUCAGCAGCUUCUUUACUUGACUUGCACAUUUGCUUUACAGCAUUCAGCCACAGGAAGGGUAGAUAGAAAUAUGUGUGGAAGUCUGAAGUUAUUGUGGAGAUCUCACUUUGUGUAAUGGUGACUGUUUUUGUGGUCUGUCAGGCCUUGCAGUUAUUAGGAGUCCCAUUUUCUCUAGAUCUUUCAAUAUUUUAACUCAGAUUUCCCCUCCCUUAUGCAAGUGGAUUAACUCAAAUAUCCUCAAAAUUAAUAACUUAAAAUUUUUUUUUUAAAAUAAAACAAGGUAGGUGGUCUCAAACUUUUGCACAGUACAGAUACAUAGAAGUCAAAAUUAUAUUGUCAGUAGUAGUUGGUAAAUUCUCAUUUUUACAAAAAUUACAUCAGAAAUGAUUUUAAAAGGUUCAUAAAAUUCUAAAGCACAGUGGAUGGUUUAGUGACACCAUAUAUGAUGGAAUGCAAAGCAUAUCAUUCUUUUCCUGUUCAGUGUCCGUGUCCUGGACAAGCACCGCACUCUUGGUUUGGGUUGGGUCUUAAAAAGCCAGCAAGAACCUCAUGAGCGUCGCCUCCGAUGUCAGAUUCCUUUUACACGUUUGCACAUUUGUAAAUACGAAUGGGUCUCUCUGAGUUCUCGGCAUACUAUUAACUUAUUUGAUGACUUCAACCGUUCAGCUUCACUUUUUGUUGUUUUUCUUCAUUGAGAUGUUUGUGUAUAACAUGAUGUUAAAGCCAAGCUACUGAUUUUACGUUCUUUUCAUGAUGUGCCUUCUGAUGGUUAGUGGAUGUAAGAUUCUUUUUUUGUCUAGAUAGAGAGCGAUAGAGAGCCGUGCGGAUGGAGGAAUGGUAGCUAAGCAGACACGGCUGUUUAAUAGAGACAGCAAAGGAUAGUUAACGUUUGUGAGUAAACUAGUUUUGCCAAAUGUUUUGAUGGUGGUGAUGAAAAUACACAAAUAUCUAGUUUGAUAGGAUCGUGCAGAUGUGUUUUCAGCUGUUGGAAUAGAAUAUGAAAGGUGCACUUGUGGAUAAGAGGGGUUUGUGUUUGUUUAUAUCAAACUGAUCAUUGCGCUGCCUUCCACAGGUCAGUCACUAAAGCUUCAUUUAAAAAAAAAAGAUGAUUAGUAAAGCAUUAUGGUCAGCAAUUACCUUUCCAGUAAGAAUUGUCAUACUGUUGGAAAUAAAUGCAAAUGAUCCUGAGGUUGGAAUUUUUUUCUAUUUUUUUUUGUCUUUUGCCUUUUUUUGUUUGUUUUUUUUGUCAUCUACUCAUUUGCUAACUUGUCAAUCUUUCAUUUCCUUUGGACUGUUUCAUGUGGACAUUGCUAGAAGAGAUCUAUUGAUAGAGACCAUAAUGAAGACAAAAAAAAGGAUAAAUGUUUUGUUUUCAUUGUUUUUUUUGAUGAGCAGGAUAUAUCUUUAUUUUUCAAUAAACUUUUCUGUGACGACACAGGAAGCUGUGAUUGUGCACUCUAAAACAACA